AGAAGCAAAAAUCCUCAGAUAAACAGAAUUCUCUAGAGAGAAAAAGAUAAAUAAAACUAGAAAUUCAGAAUCGGUUUUCAGAUUGAGCUGAAUAUCGAAGGAGGAAAACGAUUUCGGCCGUAGGUUGAAUCUUGCAGGAUCAAAUCCCCAAUCUUCUUGGUUCCGAAUCCGAGAAGAAGAGGAUUUAGGGUUUCGAUCUCACGUUUUCCGCCGAUCCUUUUUUCCGAUCGGCGAUAAUAUCUUGAUCUUUAACCACGCGGUUUGAAAUUGUAAAAGAAAAGGAGUAAUAGCCCUAACUGUUAUUAGUCUUAGGGUUUUGUUUAGGAAAAUCGUGACAACGACGACGAUGAACGAUCAAUCUCAGAUGAUGAUGAAUUUGAACCAGAUGAGCCAGCCUCAGAUGAUGAAUCAGGUUCCGAUGAUGAGCCAGCCUCAGGUAAUUAACAAGUCUCAGAUCAUAGGUCAGUCCCAGCCUCAAUUGCUCUCUCACAGUCAAGCUAUGAAUCAGAAACCUCAACAGCCUCCGAUGAAGCCAUCUCAGAUGAUGAUGAACCAGACUCAGCCUCCUAUGAUGAUGAACAGGGGAUACAAGGUCUGGUCUCAGCAGCCUCCUCUUGACCCUAACAUGAAGUUUCAGAACCCUAUGAAACCAAAUUUCUCUGCUCCUAAGCCUGGUCGAAGUAACUGGAAGGGGAAGAAGGUCCCCACCGACAAGCGCAAGGACCUCAGGAGAAUGGAAAAACCCAUUCCAAGCUCAUCCGUUAGUGUUCCGAACACCGGCGCCGUUUACCAACCACCUACUCUGCACGAGUUGCAAUCGCAAAACCGUCUAAAAGCACGUAAGUUCUAUCCCAAGAAGAAGUUUAAUAAUAGGUUUGCUCCUUAUGCGCCUAGGAAUACGACAUCGUUUAUUAUUCGUGCGAAGAAGUCCGGUGGCAUUGCAUCGCUUGUGUCACCUUGCCCGGUGACCCCUGCAGUGCUUCCCACACCUAUACUGUCUCCGUCGAGGGAGGUGUUAGGGGAUAUGGCGAAGGAGGAGUGGGGUGUUGAUGGAUACGGGUCGAUGAAGGGUUUGAUUAGGCUUCGAUCUCCGGGGCACGAGGCUGAUGUUCAUGAUGAUGAGGACGAGGAGGAUGGAGGCGGUGGGUCGAGUGAGAGUGAUGUGGAGGAACAUGUGGAGGUGGAAAGAAGGCUGGACCAUGAUUUGAGCCGGUUUGAGAUGAUAUACCCAAAUUAUGGAGGUGAGUAUAACAAUGUAUUAGAGAAUAGGGUAGAUGAUCAGGAUUCCCAUAUAGCACAAUUGGAGGAGGAGAAUUUGACAUUGAAGGAGCGUCUAUUCCUGAUGGAGAGAGAGUUAGGUGAUUUGCGAAGGAGGUUACUGUUUCUUGAGAGGCAAAACCAAGUUGUGGAAGAUGUUAACGAGGAAGUGGUGGAGAAUGGGUCUGACAAUGAAAGUGAAGGUGGAUCAGAUGUUCCAGUUUUGGGAAUUGAUAACAAUGCAGAGAUGGUUGACUCGAUGCUGGUAAGUGGGAGAAAUAUGAACUUCGAGGUUGGUGCUAAGUUAGACAAUGUCGGAGUAGCAGAGACUGAAGGCAGAGGUGAUGUUUGUAUGGAAGAAUCUGUUCCAGAUGAGGUGGUUGCAAAGAAGAAUCAGAUCAAAGGUGUUGAUGAAAUGAGGGAUGUGAUUGAGUUUAAUGAAUUGAAGGAGGAAACUGGUGUACAAAAGGAUGAUGAAAAGAAGAAUGAGAUCAAGGAUAAGGAGAUGAGGGAUGAAAUAAGGUUUAGUGAAGUGAAGGAGGAAAAGGAUGAAGAAGCAACGCCUCAGUGUUUGCCGGAUAAAGUUCUUGCAAAAGAUGAUGAUUGUAUUGAUAACAAAGAGGGUAUUGAAUCUGAAAUGCUGGACAGAAAUGAUGAAUCAAAAGCUCUCGAAGCUACAAAUGAUUGUGUAAAGGAUGCAGUCCUCUAUGAGAAGGAUGAUUGCUAGGAUUUGGUAGUUUGCAGGUAGUUGGGAUAAGCUAUUAGAUUGUUAAGAGAUUAUAAUUAUCUAUCCCACCUUGUAGCUUCAGUUGCUCCUCUCAAUAGGCGAUGGGGGAAGUGUAGAGUGUGAAACGGAUUCUACUGCUUUUUAAUGCGUACAAAAAUUGUAGCCUUCUAGGUUUAUAGUUCACUUUUAUUUUGUCUCCCUUUUUAACAUUUCUCGUUUUUUUCUGUUACAGGGCUUGAGUGUCUAGGUUGUUGAAAAUAGUAGUUAGUUUGCAGGUUCAUUUAUGUGUAGGGGAUUAACCUGUAAGCAUUAGUGUUCCUCUGGUUAGCCUGUAAUGAAUCUGUGAAUUAAUCUGGAAAAAUAAUGAAUAUCUUGUACUUUGAUAUUUUCUGCUAA